CAACCGUCCACUCACUGAGUUCAUGGCUCCCUGUAUUGACUCCCUCCCACCACUGGCUUUCACCAAUCGGAGGCCUAUACCAACCAUGUUGCAUCCCCCCUCUCCAUUGGCCAUACGCGCUCAGGAUGCACAGCGGUUCAUUGUAUUUUCCUACUUUGUCCCUGCUGAGUGCCCAGUUUCCACAGAGGCCACUGCAGAUGUAUCUGCUGGUAAAAGAGAGGUCUUGUCGCCAGAUACACAUCUAUCCUCAAUGCUGCAUCGAUACCUGCCACACUUCUUUAAUGAUGACUCCAUUCCACCACAGCAGACAGUAGAGGGAACCACUGAGGACUCAGAUGCUCCAGUGGCAAUAUCUAAAAUCAAGGAAGAGGACAGAUUCUAUCCGUUCUCCCUCCCACCACUGGCUCAGCGGUUCAUUGGCAAUUCAUUCAAUGUCCCGGAAACCUCCCAGCCUGCUGUUUCAGCCACGGAGUGCCGAGUUGCCACAGUUGCCACUGCAGGUACAGCCACUGUCAAGAGAGAGAACCGAUGGGCAGCUAGAAUUCUUCCUUCAGUGCUGCCUCCAUGCCUGCCACCAGUAGUUGACAAUGACUUCAUGCCUCUAGAACACACAGUAGAGGAUGCCUAUGAGGUCUCAUUUGCUACAGAGGCCACUUCAGGCAGAGCUACUGUUGAUGGAGUGGACAGAUCAGCAGCUAAAUGCCCUGUCCCAAUGCUGCCUCCAUGUCUGCCACUUGUCUUUGACAAUGACUACAAACUGCCAGGGGCGGCAGUAGAGGGAACCAACAAGUGUCCAGUUGCCAGUGAAACAACCAAUGAUGUGUCCACUCACCUCAAAGAGGACAUGGCAGCUGAUCAAAGCCCUCCUGACCCUGCAGCACUGCCUCCAAGCUCGCCAUGUAUCCCUGACUCUGACCACAAACUGACCAAGGAGGAAAAAGAGGAUGUACCCGAGUCCUCCCUUGCCACAGAGAUCACUGUAGGCACAUCAAUGGUCCAGGGAGAGGACCUGGAUAAAAGCCCUGCUCCAAGGCUGCCUCCAAGCUUGUCACACGUUUUGGACAAUGACCAUAAGCAGCUAGAGGAGACGAUAGAGGGCGUCACUGAAUGCUCAGCCGCAGCAGAGGCAUCAGUUGCUAAUAGAGAGGAUCCAUCAGCAGCUACAGGUCUUCCCUCAGUGCUGCCUUCAAGCCUGCAACUUGUCUUUGACAAUGACUACAAACUGCCAGAGGAAGCAGUAGAGGGCACCUGCAAGUGUCCAGUUGCCAGUGAAGCAGCCGCUUCCGUGUCUACUGUCCUCCAAGAGGAGUUUUUGGCUGAUAAAAGUCCUCUUGCACCCACAGCACUGUCUCUAAGGCUGCCCUGCACCCACAACAUUGACCACAAACAGCCAGAGGAGACAGUUGAGAACACCACAGAGUGCUCAGUUGACAUAGAGGAAAGUGCAGAGGAUGAGGAACCCAGGCCCUGGACCCUGGAAGAGGAAAAGGAUUAUUGGAUAGGCAUUGAAAUUGAGAGUGAAGAGAGGAGCGUCACUGAGGAGGUGAGCCCGAGGGAGGGAUUGAAGAGUGAGGCGGAUUGUGCCCAUUCCAAGUGCUCCAAUGGGAUGGUUUCAUCAGAGAGAGCAGAGACCAUCCUGGGAAGAGUGGGCUUUCUGCUCAUGAACCAAAUGCAGAAAAUCCCGUUUUUGAAGAUGGAGGAAAAAGAGAAAAAUAAGAAACUGAAUAAGAAGUUGAAAGAUGAAGAGAAAGAGAUUAAGGAGAUGAAAGACAAGGAGGAGGAGCAAAACAAGAGGGAGAAGAAAGAGAUGAAGGAGAGAGAGAAAGAGCAGAAGAAAGUCAUGAAGGCUGAGAAAAAGAGGGAGAAGUUCGAACAGAAAAUGAGAGAGAAUUUAAGAAAAGAGAAGGAAAAGGCAGAGAAAAAGAGGUUAGAGGGGCUGAUGAAGAUACAUAAUGACAUGAUGAAAGACAGAAUUAAGAAAGAGAAGAAGUGUUCUGAGGAGCUAAAAAAGAGAGAGAAAGCUCAAGCUGCAUUCUUGGAGAUGGAGAGAAAGAUUCAAGAAAGGGAAAAGAAGAAGAGAGAAAAGAUGAGGAGAGAGGAGAGGAAGAGACUGGAGAAGAAGAAAAAGAGGGAGCCAGCUGGAGGUGGAACUGAGACGGUGAUAGAAGAGCAGGGAAGGGAUGAAAGCUUGAAGAUGGAUGAGUAGACUGGGU